CAACAAUGUCUGUCAAAUGUCAUUUCUAUAAGUCAAACGUCAUGUUGACAACUCUUGUCAAAAAUUGUAUAAAAAUACGAAAAAAUUCGUAAAAUGCCCGCAGCUGUGGAUAACAGCAAGCCCGAUCGGUCCGAGCAGAUGUGGAAAGUGCUCAAAGCGCACAUUCUUCGCGAACGCGCCCGCAAAAAGCAAGAAAGAGAGGCCGAGGUGGAAGAAGAGCGUCUUCGUAAAGAGCGUGAAGCUCGUGAACAACAAGAUGUUAUGACUUUGGGUGAAACACGCGAGCAAAUCUCACAACUUGAAAGCAAACUUCAGAAAUUAAAAGAAGAGAAACACCAGUUGUUUUUACAAUUGAAAAAAGUAUUAAAUGAGGAUGAUAACAGAAGGCGCCAGAAGGAGAACAAUGAUGUGCUUGCGAUUCAAGCUCUACCGACUGGUUUAGUGCAUCAGCCGUUGUAUAUUUCACCCAGUGUGCCCCCUCGCAAUGCUGUGCCCCCACAACAGACGUUUAAAACGGCGGUGAAACGCCCCAGGAGUCCCAGUCCGCAACCGCCCCCCGUGUCGUCCUACCAUCAAGGUUAUGGGUAUAAACCAUCAGUGGCAGCCUCAUACCAAAACUCGCCCCAAAGUUUUAAUCGAUUUUUUGCAGAAGAUGAUGGUAGACGUAAUGAAUUAGUGAGGGCAGUUUUAUGGAACAAAACACAAUAUCCGAGUCAACAAGCAACAUUUUAUUCGGUCUCUCCGCAGGAUAUAUCAAUGUAUUAUCCUUUGGGGUCAAUUUCGUCGCGGGAGCCCCCAACUAGGAGUGCCUAUGAACCCCCAAGACCUCAAACGUAUCACUUGGAACAAAAACUACCCGAACAUUACACUCUAAGAGUACCAAGUUCGCAUGGACAUGUCAUUCAUGGGGGCUCUAUACCGCUCAGUCCUGCACAACCCAAAACUGGGAGUAUCACAGCAGGGUAUCCUGUGAGGAGUCAACAACAAUACCAACAGUCCACUCCUGCAUCAUUAUAUACGGCACAAAGUCGUCCCUUGUAUCAGUCUCCAGGGACUCCAAUGAAUUAUCCUCAAAGAGAAUAAUGAAAUAAAAAAAUGACAAGUUUUAUUUA